AUGGCUCAAUGGGGAGUGGUGCAAAGUUGCUUGUUCUGUGGUGAGCUAAGCGAGUCCAGAGACCAUCUCUUCUUCGCAUGCCCGUACACAUUCACUGUAUGGUUAGCAGUUGUGGGGGAUCUCUUGGUAGUUGAUGCUGACCCAGAUUGGGAGACAACUCUUGUGUUUCAGACUGCAAUCUAUUACAUAUGGAAGGAGAGAAAUGACAUGAGGCACAUGGGAAAGCCAAAGACAGUAGACCAGAUCACCAAACUCAUUGAGAAAACAGUCAAACACAGGAUUAUGUCCACUAGAUACUUUGAGAAUCCUAAAUUGUUGGGACUGCUCCAAAGAUGGUUUCGUGGGCGGUAG